AUGGUCGUCGCACGCACCUGCUCGAUGCUCCCUCUCCGGGCUGGAGCGAGUGCAAGAGUGCUCCCAGCCAAUGUGUCACGAUCAUUGAUUCUCCAGGGCGGUGCCCGCUCCGCUUUCUCCUCUUCCGCUCGAUCGGCAAGCGCAUCCACACCGCUCAACGAAGCGGCUCAAGCUAUCUCACCCAAGAAGCGAGGCAUCAUCAGCAAGACCCUUCGCUUCACAGGCUACACCAUCGGCUCCAUCGUCUUUGGUCUCGCCGCUACCACCGGCAUCAUCCUCGCCCACGAUGCGCUCACGUAUCGCGAGGCGCACGUAGACAAGGUGCCACUUCAUCCGCUCGCGCUCUCGCCCAAGAAAGGCGGCCCCAAGAACCUGCCUGUCCUCACCUCCUACGCCGAGGAUGAGCAGGACGAGGUGAGCAAGAAGCUCGCCGGCAAGGAGAGGCUUGUCAUUGUCGGAGGUGGUUGGGCUGCCGUCGGUCUGCUCAAGUCGCUUGAUCCGGAAAAGUACAACGUCACCUUGAUCUCGCCCAACAAUUACUACCUCUUCAACCCGCUGCUUCCUUCCGCUGCGGUGGGAACGGUCGAGCCGCGAUCGCUCAUCGAACCGAUCCGCAAGCUGCUCGCUCGCGUUCACGGUCACUACAUCCAGGGCUAUGCGGUCGACGUCAUUAUGGGCGACGACAAGCCGGUCUACCAGGGCGGCUCGGAGCGUCUGCUCGAGGUGAACGUCAUUAGCGGUGACGACUGGGAUGGCGAAGCGCUUUGCGGCAUCGCCUCGGGUGCAAGCGAACGCAAAGAAACCAAGGGCAAAAGCAUAUACGUCCCCUACGACCGGCUCAUCGUCGCGGUCGGCAGCGUCACUGCCUCGCACGGCGUUCCCGGUCUGGAAAACUGCUUCCACCUCAAAACCAUCGGUGAUGCACGCAAGAUCCGAACCCACAUCCUGGACAACCUCGAGAUCGCUUCCCUGCCCACCACCACCGAGGCGGAACGCAAGCGCUUACUCAGCUUUGUCGUUUGCGGCGGCGGUCCUACCGGUGUCGAAACCGCGGCCGAGAUCUCGGACAUGAUCAACGAGGACGUGUUCGAUUACUUCCCCAAGGUGCUCCGUUCCCAGGCGCAGGUGCAUCUCAUCCAAUCGCGCGAGCACAUUCUCAACACGUACUCGGAGAAGAUCUCCGAGUAUGCCGAGGCCAAGUUUGCGCGCGAUGCGGUGGACGUGAUUGUCAAUGCGCGGGUGAAGAGUGUGGAACCGGAUCGGGUGGUGUAUACGACCAAGGAUUCGACGGGCAAGGUGAGCGAGCUCGAAGUUCCUUCGGGCUUCACGCUUUGGUCGACGGGCAUCGCCAUGAGCCCAUUCACCAAGCGUGUCACGGAAAUUCUGCCGAACCAAUCGCACCUGAAAGCGUUGCAGAUCGACUCGCAUCUUCGCGUCAAAGGCGCCCCCCUCGGUACGAUGUACGCUCUCGGUGACGCAUCCACCAUCGACACCCGUCUCAUCGACUACCUGUACGAUUUCGUCGAUCGGUACGACAAGGAUAAGGAUGGUCGUCUCUCGUACGCCGAAUUCGAAACCUUCGCCAAGGCUAUCAGGCACAAAUUCCCCAUCGCCUCGAAACACUUUACCAAGCUGCGCGAGAUGUUUGACGAGUACGAUACGGACAAGGAUGGUCAGCUCAAUCUCAACGAGAUUGCCAACGUACUCAUUGAGACGGGUAACAAGAUGACGGCUCUGCCCGCCACGGCCCAGGUCGCGGCCCAGCAAGGCCACUACUUGGGCAACAAGCUCAACAAGCUCGCCAAGCGAAGGGACGAAGGGGGCGACAUGCACCCGCACACCGCCGAGGAGGUGCAGGACGUCGAUGACGAGGUGUACAAGCCGUUCAGCUACAAGAACUUGGGCAGUCUGGCGUAUAUCGGCAAUGCAGCGGCAUUCGAUCUGCCGAUUCCGGGAGGCAGCUUCGCCGGUGGGUUGAUAGCCAUGUACGCCUGGAGGAGCUUCUACCUCAGCGAAAGUGUCAGUAUGCGCACGAGGAUGCUGUUGCUGACCGAUUAUGUCAAGAGAGGCAUCUGGGGGAGGGAUCUGUCGAGGAUCUGA